AUGACUUUCAAUUUCGAUUUUGAAGUUCCCAAAGUUUUGAAGUCUGUGAAAUAUUCGUUAGCGGCUGUAAAUGGAGUGUUUUUGCUGACAGGUUUCGUGCUGAUCAUCGUGGGUAUAACAGCAUUGGUGUCAUUCUCCCAGUAUGAACCACUUGUCACUCAAAGGUUCUUCAAUGUACCAAGCUUUGUGAUAUCUACCGGCGUCAUCAUUAUUCUGGGAUCAGCGCUCGGAUUCUACAGCGCUAUAUCGCAAAAGUUUUACUUCGUUGCUGGGUCCAUCUUACAGUAUGUGGUGUUACUCCUGGUGGUCCUGAUCUUCGAAGUCUCCAUGAUUAUCACUGCCUUCAACCUCACGAAACACGUGCUGAGUGAAAUCCGACCGGUAAUGGCUCAGUCCCGAUUGACGUAUGGAACAAAUAUCAACGUCAAUAUGCUUUGGGAUAAUCUUCAAAUGGAUUUCAAAUGCUGCGGCGUCGGAGGACCAGGAGACUACCAGUUAACUCAGACCCCAAUCUCAUGCUGCUACAUAGAGUACGGCACAAUAUCUCCCUUCGAAUGUGGAAGCAAUGCGUACUCGGAUGGUUGUGCGGUUCCUCUCGCAGAAUGGUUGUCCUUCAAGACUAAUGUCAUAGCUGUAACUGCUGUCGUACUCUGUUGUGUGCAGGUACUGCUUUCACUGAUGGGCGGCUACUUGGCUUACAGAUCGAAGUUUGAAGUUGUCGAGUUGGAGUCUUAA